AUGCAAGUCAUCGCCGCCAUUACACUGCUAAACGGCCCUCUCUCUGUGGCAGACGCUCGCCGCCUCAUCACCCGGGGCGGCUGGGACGUGGACGGCGAUGAGGAAGGGGGCCCUGAUGACGGUGCUGUGGAGGAGGAAGGCUGGUUCGGGAACACUUCCGAUACGCGGUCCGACUCGUCGUCUUUCGGAGACACGCAGGAUGAGCUGCUCCUGCACAGAGGCUCCUCUCCUGAGGAUCAUCCCGGGGUCAGCUCCGGGGAUCACGACGCCUGCGGAGGCGAGGGCUCACUGGGUUGCCGGACGCCCGUCCGUCGUGCCUCUUUGGAACUUCUCGGCCUGGAUGGAAGUGCAUUCUCGGCCCAGGACACUCUCUCCUCUGUCGUGUCGUCACUGUAUGGCGAGGCGGCAUCUCGAGCCCUGGGGAAACCCCUCAGCAGCAACCUGCGGCGCCUCCUAGAGGCUGGCUCCUUCAAACUUGAUGGUGGAGAAGUGCUGGGUCGGUCAUCCAGGGGAAAUUCUGGGGGAGAGUCUCCUCCGAUUGCUCUGGCUCCACCUCUGACCCUUUCCCCGUCUUCCCAUCACGCCCAGCAGUUAAGUGCUCUUGCCCGGAAACUGGCCAAUAACAGCAGCAGUGGUUCUGCCUCACCAGCCUCCUUGGCUCCCUCAGUCACCAACAUCAAGCAAGAGCCCCUUGACCCCUUUAAUAAUGUCACCCCUAGCAACGGAGGUGGAUUUGUGUGGGCGGGCGUGUCCGAUAAAUGGCCGCCAGCCUCCUGCUCCACGCCCUGUGGCUCCAGCCUUUCCCCAGACUCUGCCAUCCAGAAGCUAAAAGCAGCGGCUAACGCUGUGCUCCAAGACAAGAACGCCAUCGCUUCCUCCUCAACAACCUCCUCCUCGUCCACUGCCGCGUCAGCCGCGGUGCCCGCUCUUGGUGGCGGCAGUCGAGGGGACGACGUGGUCCGCUUUGAUGCCUUCAACUCUCCGUUCAGCCCGCAGUCGGCGAGCUCAACCCUCGCCGCACUUUCCAAGAAAGUGAGCGAGAGGAGCCAGGCCUCCUCGACGGCUGGCGCUGCUUCGGACCACCAAGCUUCGGCGAGCUCCUUCCUGUCCCUCGUUUCAAUCACCACCUCCUCUGCUGCCUUGCUCAAAGAGGUGGCAGCCAGAGCGGCAGGAAACCUUCUGGCAGAAAAGAAGGACGGUUCCCCGCUGUCGAACGCAGGGGUCCUCCAAGAGGAUGUGAAGCCCCUGCUGGACAAGAACCAGAAAGCCCCGACGCCCACCACACCUACGCAGACCCUGGAGUUGUUGCUGCCAUCGACGCCGAAGGGCAGAGGCAAACUGAACAACCAAGCAGGUUCUCCUGAGGAUGGAGGCAAACCGUUCCAGUGUCCUGUAUGCGGACUGGUCAUCAAACGCAAGAGCUACUGGAAGAGACACAUGGUCAUCCACACAGGCUUGAAAAGCCACCAGUGUCCGCUGUGUCCCUUCCGCUGCGCUCGCAAAGACAAUCUCAAGUCUCACAUGAAGGUGCAUCAGCACCAGGAUCGAGGCGAGACAUUUCAGUGUGAACUCUGUCCCUUUACCUCCUCCCGACACUUCAGCCUAAAGCUUCACAUGCGCUGCCACCAGCACUUCCCUCGCACCGACGUCAAGGUUAAAGAGGAGCCCACCACCGACACAGAGGGCGAGGGUUCCCUGCUCGGAGACGGCGGCACCACGGAUCUGAGAGCGGCAGAGGCGUCUCCGUUGCUUGCAGAACAUCAGCAGCAAACCUCUCCCUCCUGCGAAGCGUCUUCUAAUCAUGUCCAUAUAAAGGAGGAGCCUCAGGAGCGGGACCUGUCUGUGCUGUCCCCCUUCAGCAUCAGCAGGGACCGCCCCGCCAGCAGCACCAACUCCCUGGACCUGCCUGGAGUCGGAGUCGGGAUGAGGUCUAGUCCGAGUGGUCCGACCACAGCCUCGCUCUUCAGCCCCGACAUCACUACCAAAACGGCAACUGACCUGCUGAUGAAGCUGUCAGCAGCCAACCAGAGGGAAUCAUUAAAGUCUCCGUUCCACCUGAAGGAGGAGCCGAAGGUGGAGGAGGCUCCGAGCCCGAGGCCGUCCUCACAGAGCCAGGGUCAGGGUAAGCCGAGCUUCCCCGGGUCCUUCUGCCAGGAGCCGAGGGAAGGAAGCCCUAUGGCUAAGAACAGCCUGCUGAGCCAGGACAUCAACGUGAAGGUGGCGUCCGAGCUGCUGAUCAAGCUGUCAGAGAACAGCAAAGACGCCCAGUACCAGAAGGUGAAGGUAAAGGCCGAGCCCAUGGAGGUGGACCCGCCCCCUGCAGAGCCCACCCCGCCUGCCUCCCACCUGCCGACCUUCAGCACUUUAGGGGCGAGUGAGAAGAGUGAGCUGAUGAGUAACCUCCCAGAGACGUUGGCCUGCCCCCAGAAAGACCUCUUCUCCCAGGACAUAUCGGUCAAAAUGGCCUCCGAGCUGCUCUUCAAACUGUCAGAAAAAGUAAGCAAAGCCAACAACCACAAAGACGGUAACAUGGUGGGAAUAAACAGUUCCAGUUCAUUUCUGGAUGAGUGCUUCAGACAAUCACCCUUUAACUCGCGCUCCAAGAGCUCGUCCCCCGCAGAGGCCGGUUCCUCCACCAGGGCGCCGAUCCAUGACCCGGAGAAGGAGGAUGGGGAGCCCGGAAACGGCCUGGCCCAGUGGAAGCUCCACGAGCAGCUCUUCCCCUGUCCCAUCUGCAGGAAGGUGUUCGGCAGGCAGCAGACCCUCUCCAGACACCUGUCCCUGCACACAGAGGAGAGGAAAUACAAGUGUCACCUGUGUCCUUACGCAGCCAAGUGCAGAGCAAACCUCAAUCAGCACCUGUCCAUCCACUCCGUGAAGCUGGUCAACACGGACGCCGAGCAGAUCGUCAGCGCCGUUACCGCCGACGCCACCGAGCGCAAGAACUGCCCGUACUACUACCGCUGCCAUGUGUGUGAUUUCCAGACGGAGCUGAAUGCCCAGUUUGUCAGCCACAUGUCGCGUCAUGUGGACAAGGAGCAGUGGAUGUUCUCGCUCUGCUGCAGCGUCUGUGACUUCGUCUGUAUGGAUGAGAGCGACAUGAAGAGCCACAUCAGUACCGGCCACGCAGGUCUGAAUUCAAGAAGCCCCCUCAGUGAAACCAAGAGCACCUCAUCGUCUCUUUCAGCCCUCAGCGAUUCACUCAACAGCUCUGAGGGCGGCGACGUCGCCGGCGGUAACGAAGAGCUCAAAAACCUGCUUGCACCGCCCUCCUCCGCAGGGAGCCAGGCCAGCUCCGGGAGUCACUCGGGAUCAGGAGCCGAGGACAAGUCGGACAAAGGUUUCGAAUGCGUUUUCUGCAACUUUGUGUGCAAAACGCGCAGCAUGUAUGACCGGCACCUCCAGAUCCACCUCAUCACGCGGAUGUUUGAAUGCGACGUUUGCCACAAGUUCCUCAAGACGCCCGAGCAGCUGCUGGAGCACAAGAAGUGCCACACCGUCCCCUCCGGAGGGCUCAAGUGCCCUUUCUGCAUCUACUCCACCAAUCGUCCAGCGGCCAUGGAGUGCCACCUGAAGACGCACUGUAAGAUGGAGUACCGCUGCCGCAUCUGCCAGGGACUGUGGCCGGACCAGGCCUCGCUGGAGGCCCACAUGCGGGGGCAUCGCCUGGGCAACCACUACAAGUGUGAGCAGUGCGGCUACCUGUCCAAAACGGCCAACAAGCUCAUCGAGCACGUGCGCGUGCACACGGGCGAGCGGCCCUUCCACUGCGACCGCUGCUCUUACAGCUGCAAGCGCAAGGACAACCUCAACCUGCACAAGAAGCUGAAGCAUGCGCCGCGCCAGACUUUCGGGUGCCAGGAGUGCCCUUUCACCACCACGCACCCCUUCGUCUUCAGCCGCCACCUCAAGAAACACCAGAGCAGAGGGGUGGAGGGGUUGGGCGGAGGAGAGGAGGAGGAGGAGGAGGCGGGAGGGGAGGAGCCACCGCUGCAGGGGGAAAAGGAGAGCUUCCUGUUGGGCGUGGGAGGCAGCAGCGGGGGCAGUGGCAGCAACAGCCCCCUCAUGAGCCUGACGGCGUCUCAGGCGCUGCAGUCCGUGGCUCUGUCCCUGACGCUGGCCGCGUCCCGCCAGCCGGAGCCCGCCGGCAGAACCAGCAUCAGCAGCAGCCCCUCCCUCUUCGCCCCCUCCUCCCGCCACGUGCCAGAGCGGUACAGGAACGGCGAGCACGCCCACCUGAUCCCCCUGACAACCCUGUUCACCCACAACAGCCGCCUCACAUUCCACUCACACCUCCACUCCAGAUGGCGGCCGGACAUGUCCCCCCUCGCCCUCCCCUCCCCCUCCUCCCACAAACACUCCUUCCUGGCCUACCUGGGACUGAUGGAGAGGGCCAAAACUGUUUGACCCCCCCCCCCCUUUAGACAGUGGUGUGAAAGACCACUGCAGCGGGAGCAACGUCUUUUCCAAUCAGACCGGCAGAAUAAGCUGGACCAGACAAACUUACUAAAACAUUUCUAAGAGGAAAAAACGCUGUACAUGCUAAGAUGCAUUUAUAUCAAAAAGCUGCUUUUCUUAUCAGUUCUAUCGAUUGAAUUAUUACUACAAGUACUACAAUCUAUCACCUUCUGCUCUGUUUGUAAGCAUCUGAAUGACCUGAAGCCAGGCGCUUUACCCGAUGACGCUUAUCCUGGUUUUAUAGAUAUUUUCUUCAGUCGUUUGACAAGAGAAAAACGUAGAAAAACAGACAAAACAAACAUUGCAAGUGCUGAAUUUUAGUGCAUUCGUGUCCCUUUGCUGUUAUGCAUCGGAAUGGCAUGCCCGUCUCUGUCUCAGCUAGCUGUGACGUCGUUAGGAAGCUGAACUCCAGUUUAUGCCGCGAUGAGGACUCUUUCAUCUGAAAGGUCACGUUUCCAAAGCGACGCCUCAGACCAUGCACUUACUUAUUUAUCAAGCUUGUACAUAGUUUUGGACCCUUCCCCCAUUUCCAUCUGCUUAAGUUGCUUUUGUUUUCGAGCGACGGUGACGGCCUGACGCACGUUGCUGCCGACUGAUCUCAAUUAUGUCUCAGAAUCAAUGUGUUGAAAUGGAUCUUAUAAAGCUAACACAGAAUAAGCUGUGAUGAUGUAAAUAUGGAAGAUAUUCAGUCUGAAAUAUCACGGAGAAAGAUGCGUUUAUUAUCAGAGAACCUAAAUAUAAAUGCAGCUUUUUUUUGCACUCCCAGGUGGAUAAGCAGUAAAUCUUUCAGAGCCGGGGUCCUCGACCUGCUUUACAGACUUUAGUGAACGGGCCUUAAACGCAGCACGCAGCCUUCAAACACGUCAACAACAAAUUAUAGCAAUACCCCUCACUGCAGCUACGUACAGUACUGUGCAAAAGAUCUAUGUCGCUUUUUAUUUCCUGAUCUGUUAAAAUGAUGGGAGCUACAUGUUUUAGAUGGUUCCAGUUUUCAAACACCUGAUAUCACAAUAGAUUCACAGGUUUUACUGGACUGCAAUCAUCUGAAUCUGGUCUGUUAAAGCAGAGAAACAUCUAGAACAUGGAGGGCAGCCUUGAAAAACAGUCGUAUCUAUAGUUUAGCUCAGAGGUAAUCCGCAUCUAAUCUGUAGUCUGAUUCAGGGUCAAUCUACAGUUCAGUUCAAUAUUAAUCUAUAGUCUAGUUCAGGCCUAAUCUAUCGUUUAGCUCAGGUUUAAUCUCUCGUUUAGUUCUGAUCUAAUCUGUAGUGUAGUUCAGGCUGUUGUUAUUGGCUGCUUUUAAUCAUAGUUUCCAAGGUCAGAUUAUCAGAUCAGCCUCUGAUCUUCUGUACUUGAAGGGAUCAACAGAACCUCCUGAAAUCUUGUGAUGAACCGCUGUUGUGUCAUCAGAUGAUCCUCCUGGAGACGUGCUGCAUGACUUUGCUGUAUGUCCCUUUUUAUUACCCAGUCCAAACCCGUGGAGGAAUUAUUUCUCAGAUAUCGUACACAAAGGAGGAAACAUGUUUAAGCAUUAACAGAAUUUAUUCCAGUCAUGUUUGACAAAAUCGUUGACACAAGCACAAAUUUCAGAGGAAGGUCUCACCUUGUAUUAGGCCCUUAGCUAUCGACCAUUUCAGGGGAGAACCAACUGAAAGGCAGAGAGCUUCUGCCCACUUUCCCAUUUUAUCUAAAAGUCAGUCAUUCAUUAGCCCCCAGUCAGCAUCCAGGCCUUCUCACAGCCUACAGCAUGACCAUAUAAGGUGGUGCUGGAGCACAGAAGAGUGCACACAUUUAGAAAUCAACAAAUGCAACAAUUAUUUGAAACAGAAAAUAAAAGGAAAGGAAUCUUCAACAACUUUAUUCCCGAGUCCCUGUUAGACGGAGGCUGUGUUAGUCUCCAACCGUCCCCAUUGGACCGCAGCCUGUCUGGUUCUUGUUAACCGGUCCCGACACAAUUGUAAAUGCCCUAAUGGGGAGUGGCGGUCUAGUGGUUAGGGCAUAGAGUGUGAGACUUCCACUCUUGGUCUCUGAGCAAGACCCAUAACCUCACACUGCUCCCUGGGUGCCGCACAAUGGAAGCCCACUGCUCCCAAAGGGGAUGGGUUAAAUGCAGAGAGUUAAUUACGUUGCUCAGUACUUGUGACAGUGGAAUGACAAUAAAAAGCUAAAAAGGCGUUGCUAAGAGACAUUUAAACAGCAGCGUUAUUCCUGAGGCAGAAUGCUAACCAUGAGCCAGCUUCCUACAAACAGAAUAGAAAAUCCCUUAAUUGUUCCUCAGUGGGGAAAUUCUGGUGUUUACAGCAGCAAAAAGAUUAUAGAAAGAAUGGUCACACUAAUGUGGACCUUAGAAAAAUGAAUAAGACUAACAUA